CCGUUAUUGACACGAACGGAGGUCAGCACCUCCAUGCACUCCGCCAGCUGGUAGAAAUCUGACCAAAUCUCGUAAAGGCCAAAUGUUCAGAGCUCUUCUCACCACGAGGAAGUGACGCUUAAUAAACUGCAACACAUUCUUGCAACUCAGCAACAAACAGCUAGCGUAGCUUUGAGCAACAGCACAAGACGAUAGCUCAGUCGAGCGACACUGCUAACGUCCGCAUUCAACACACACCCACAACUUAUUAAUGGCGCCUUGUAGAAUCGCGUUUCAGCUCACAUGCAGUCGAAGGUGUUCCCACACAGUUAGAUGUUUGGCUGACAUGAACUGUGACGUUAUGUUGUUGUGUGUCCGAUCUGCAGCCUAACGGCUGAGUCUGCUGCAAACAGCUGUCUUACCUUUCUCCGGGGCAUUCUCAAAGGUGUUACGUGUGUUGCCUGUGGCCGGUUACUACUCCCUUUUUUAUUUCAGCUUGUAUAAAUGAUAAGAACAACAAAUCACCAGCUUUUGAUAUGAGCCAACUCAGCUGAAAAAGGCGCACCAAUUUUCCGCACUUCCUUGUGAGUACGCGUUCGUUUUUCGGGUCCGUUGACAAAAUGCCUCCGUGUGGAACAUGAAGCUGCGGUGGUCCUUUGAUUCAACGGAUAAUGGCAAGAGUUGUAAAGUAUCUCAAAUUUCUAAAAUGUAAAGUUGACAAAUACUUAUUAUAGGUCAGUUACUAAACUGUUAUCUAAUUAGCUGCUCACAGUAAUUACAAACAUGUGUCACGUAGCACAGAGCGGAACCACUUGCUAAAACACAGCUAUCGUUUUAACAACAUUUUAAAUACAUCUAAAAUAUAUAUUUAAAAUAGCUGUCGGUAGCUUAUAAAAACACACACACGCACACACUACGUUGUUUGCUUAAAUCCAAUCUUAUAAAUUAACCCUGAGAAACCGGACACGACACCGGAAGUAAGCAGAAAGGAAACCUCUCGCUCAACGUAUGUCACGUUAUCUCUGCACGUUCAUUUCUACAGCGCAAGUUGUUCAAGUGGGAGGGAUGCUAGCAGCACGUUGCAUUUGACGUGGAGUGGGACAUCAGUCGCCUUCCUGCUAGCCCUCUCCCCUCAAUACCUUGCAGUUACCACUUUAUAAACUUCCAAGCAAACGUUUUCACCCUAAACGCAAACCCAGAAAACGAAUACCAAGCGCCAGGGAGACUUCUAUCCUCACCGACUUGUAACUAUUAUGGCUGGUAGCACCGCCAAGACAGUGCGCGAUAUUUUUCAAAGCAUGGAGUACGGACCAGCAGCAACUUCCAGCACUGCCACUGCACAGGCCUGGCUGGACCACCAUUCCCGUUCUCUGGGCCUGUUCAUCAAUGGCAAGUUUGUCCGUCCGGCAGACAGACAGAGUCGCUCCCUGGCUGAUUCUAACGGCGGUAACGUGUGCAGCACAGUGUGCGCCGCGCAGGACGACGUUUCCCAGUGUGCCUCCUCUGCCGUUAAGGGCCACAAGGCUUGGGGGGACCUGAGCUGCUACCAGAGGGCCAAAGUGCUGCUCAGGUCGGCGAGCGUUCUCGGGCAGCACGGCCCGUGCGUGUCGGAGCUGUGCGAGCUGUGCGAGGCGUCCUGCUCGCUCUCCAGCCUCGUCCGACUGCUGCAGUACUACAGCAGCUGGGCGCAGCUCAGAGACACUCUCAUCGCCAACUGGAUGCCACUGGGUGUGGUGGCAGUAGUCUCCUCUGAUGACUGCUCUCUCUAUUCCCUAAUGCUCAAAGUCCUACCAGCACUGGCCAUGGGCAACUCCGUUAUCGUCGUCCCUGGUCGGACCAGCGCCCCCCCAGCGCUCCUAUUGGCGCAGCUUAUUAUGGGAGCAGGACUUCCUGCCGGGGCUCUUAAUGUCUUAACAGGAAGUGACAUGUCGCUGGGUGCCAGCGUGGCCCAGAACGCCAGCAUCAGCUCCGUCACCUACAGCGGCAACAAGCAGGACGGGGUGUCGCUGUGUAAGGCCACAGCGGGGAUGGGCGUUCCCGUUUCUGUCUCCCCGAACAUCGGCGCCAGGUGUCCCUUCAUCAUCUUUGAGUCCGCCGACAUCGACAGCGCAGUGGACGCAGUGAUAGAGGUGGCCUUCAAGAAGAAAAGAGAGGUCCACUGGGUGCUGUGCGUGCAGGAGAGUGUGCUGGACAGCGUUGUGGCCCGUCUCAGGCACCGUAUGGCAGGGAUGAAGUGUGUGGCCCUGCACAGUGACGGGGACAGGGGCCUGGUGGACUCUGCAGUACAGGGUGCUCAGCAGCAGGGGGCCACGCUGGUUCAGUCCUGCGCUGCCCCCCCUUCAGGGGCUCAGUACCCUCCCACGGUGCUCUGCGGGGCGGCCCCCUCCUCUCCGUUUGUGGUCAUCCCCCCUCCCGGACCCCUGCUGCCUCUCAUGACUUUCAGAAGCAACACAGAAGCAGUGGCCCUUGGGAACCACAGUCCUCAUGGCCAGGCAGCCUCCAUCUGGACUGAAGACCUCACACUGGCUUUGGAGGCGGCUAAGAGUCUGUCAGUGGGCUCAGUGUGGGUGAAUUCCCACUCGGUGUCUGACCCCUGUCUGCCCGUCUCUGGUCACAAAGACAGCGGCACCUGCACUGACGGAGGACAGGAGGGUCUGUACCAGUUUCUACGCCCGUCCUCCUCUUCCUGCCCUCCUCUUCCUCGCUCCUCCCCUGUCUUUAUGGACUACUCAAAGUUUGGAACAGCAGCCUCCCCGGCUAUCAUUCCUGAUGACUCAGACCCUGCCAGUACUCCAAAGGUCUACCUGCAGUUUGUCGGCGGUAAGCCAUGUAAGUCCGUGUCUGGCUGCAGUGUGGCUGUGCAGUCACCAGGGGGCGGCAGUGUUUUAGCCUACUGUCCGGAUGGAGGCCGAAAAGACGUCCGAAACGCCGUGGAGGCUGCUGUCAAAGUCCAGCCUGGCUGGAUGAAAAAGAGUCCGUCUGCACGCGCUCAGUCUCUCUACUCUCUGGCCAAGGGGCUGGAGGCCAAGAGGCGGGACUUAGCAGCAUCAAUCAAUGCUCAGACCAGCCUCUCAAUGGACAAGGCUGAUGAGGAGGUGGAGCUCAGCAUCGCCAGGCUCAGUGAUUGGGCGGCUUACUGUGACAAAGUCCAAGGAGGAACUCCGCCUCUGCCACAGUGUGGCUCUGCUCUCUCCCUCCCUGAAGCCCUGGGAGUCGUGGGGAUCGUCCUCCCCGACAACACUCCCCUCCUCUCCAUGGUGACACUUCUCGGGGCAGCCGUCGGCAAUGGCAACGCCGUCGUCAUGGUCCCCGGUCAGAAGUAUCCACUACCGGCCUUGGCGUUCAUUCAGGUGCUCCAGUCUUCAGACCUGCCAGCAGGGUUGGUAAACAUCAUUACGGGAAGUAGAGACCAGCUGACAGUGGCCCUGGCUACUCACAGCGUCAUCAAGGCCAUCUGGUACUGGGGCAGUGCUGAGGGCUGUCAGUACCUCCAGUACUCCUGCACCAGCCCUCUGAAGACCCUGUGCCUGUCCUGCCAGAAGGAGGAUGGAGGGAAGGACUGGGCUCAGUCUCACCCCUCUCUCCUGGAGGAGACGUGGAGAAGCGCCAUUCAGUGGAAGAGUGUCUGGAUACCGACUGCAUGAAAAUACGAGAAUGAAAGGGGGAAGGUGACAGGAAAGCUAGAUAGGGGGAGAGAAGAGUUGCAGAUUUCCACCGUUUUAACAUCAGCCUGUAGAGUUAAAGUGUGAAUGUAGGAUGUAGAUUUGACAGGAAGGAUAAAAAAAAUGAGCUGUGACCAAAUCUAGAUGACACCUGUUGACUUUGUCAACUCAGAUGGCUCCUUUUUGUUUUUUCCACAAUUUCUUAUUCAUGUUUUUGUGGAGUCCUGUGAUUCAGAGAUUUAUUCCAACAUUUUAUGGCCCAGUAGGAAGUUGUAUGAAGUACAGAAAUGUGGAACCAAGCAGCCAGCCACAGAGACUAAACCCAAAGGUCCACCUCAUCAACAAGAUCAAAGAAACAGAAGUUAACAUACUUUUUAUAAUCAUGGAAAUGUUACAACCAAGGAAAUUGAUAUCAUAAAAGUACAUUGUCAACAGCUUGCGGUUUCAACAGCCCCGAGAUCUUAUGAAAUACUUUAUAAAUGAACAUGCAACUUUAAAAUGAAGUUAAAAUAUGAAACUGUCCUGUUAUCUGUUUGAAAUAUAAUAAAACAAAAUGCAACUACAUGUUGAGUCUCCUUCAAAA